AUGUUUCGUCAGGCUCUCGCUCGUGGUAGAGGAAGCCUAGGCGUGCCAGGGACAUCACCCUACCCCGUACGAGGAUUAACUACCUCUACAACUCGCCAUGCACUCGAAGCAGAUACCAAUCAAGGAAUCAUACUAGGUCAUCCUCCUAUACCUCCUGUUGCGUCCGCGCCGACCCCGUUAUGGUCAGAACCUCACCGAGACGUCGGAGACGACUUCUGGCGCAAAAUUUCGCAAUGGAGGGAUGUGCCCAGUGACGAAUUUCUAUCUUGGAAAUGGGCUGUCAACCACGUCGUCGAAGCAAACACGAAAAGGAAGGAUAAACUAACAGAAUUCCUUUAUGCUGUGGUGCCGGAUGAGCUCCCUCGUGCAUAUGGUCUCGGCGGUCCGCAGAGCCGUGAUGAGUUUGUAGGUGACGUGAUCAGCGGCAUCAGAAAAGCCACAAUGGCUGUAAGGGUCAUGCCCUAUUUACUAAGUAGGAUCAAUUGGAGCGAUCCAGCCAACGACCCAAUAUUUAAACAAUUCAUCCCGUUGGGAUCGAUAAUGGUCGAGGAUCACCCUAUGGCCAAGAUGGACUCUUUGAAUGAAAAGUUGGACAAGCCGGUCGAGGGUCUCGUACAUCGCUACCCUGACAAAGCGCUCUUCCUCCCAACCUCUGUGUGCCCGACAUACUGCAUAUUUUGCACAAGGGCUUAUGGCAUUGGACCGGACACUGAGAUAGUAGCUAAAGAACCGCCUAAGAUGUCAAGGGCAAAGAUCGAUAAUGCCUUCAAAUACAUCGAAAGUCAAGAAGGUCUUCACGAUAUAGUCGUCUCCGGUGGAGAUGCUUUUUACAUCCAGCCGUCCCUCCUCGAGGAAAUUGGGGAUCGACUCAUCGCAGCGAAGAACAUCGAAAGGUUCCGUUUCGCAACUAAAGGGUUAGCAGUGGCACCGCACAGAUUCCUCGAUAGAAAAGACCCGUGGACAGAUACUCUGAUCCGCGUAUCGGACAAAGCAAAGAGGGCAGGCAAGCACAUGGCUUUGCACACCCACUUUAACCAUCCGAGCGAGAUAUCCUGGAUCACAGAACAAGCUACCCUCAGGCUCGUGCAGUCAGGCAUGACUAUACGCAACCAGUCGGUAUUACUUCGUGGCAUCAACGACAACGUUGAUACCAUGCUAACCCUGAUCAAGAAAUUGGCCAAGAUGGCGAUUCAACCGUACUACAUAUAUCAAGGUGACAUGGUGAAGAAGGUCGAGCACCUGCGCACGCCCCUGCGGACUCUACUUGAUAUUGAAUCGCAGAUCCAGGGGGCCGUCGCCGGGUUCUUCAUUCCGAAGUGUAUAGUCGAUCUUCCUGGCGGCGGUGGUAAACGGCCGGCGUCUCUCCACGAGUCCUACGACCGGAGGACCGGCGUUUCCACAUUCAAACAACCAAUCCUUAAAGGCAAGGGCAGGGAAGAUAAGGUAUAUAAAUAUUACGACCCGGUGGACACCUUACUCCCUAUUCAAACUCCUGUCUGA